UUAUAAAUACCUCAUUUUACAAUCAUCUUUCAUAAGUCACACUAAAAGAUUCAAGUUAUAGAAAAAUAUCCAUUUUUUUCUAAAAAUUAUUUCAUAUUUCCAAUUUCCAAUGGCCAUUUCUAAAGCUCUCUUUACUUCAUUACUUCUCUCCUUGCUCCUUCUCGAGCAAGUCCAAUCUAUUCAGACCGAUCAAGUGACCAGCAAUGCUAUUUCUGAAGCCGCUUAUUCCUACAAGAAAAUUGAUUGUGGGGGAGCAUGUGCAGCAAGGUGCCGAUUAUCAUCAAGGCCAAGAUUGUGUAAGAGGGCAUGUGGAACUUGCUGUGCUAGAUGCAACUGUGUUCCUCCUGGUACUUCUGGCAACACUGAAACUUGCCCUUGCUAUGCCAAUUUGACUACUCACGGCAACAAACGCAAAUGCCCUUAAUCUUCUUUACACGUCAUUUGUGGGAUUACAACGAGUGUGUUAUUGUUGUUCGUGUAGUAUAUUGUUCUGUAGUAUUGUAUCAAUAUUCAAAAUCCAGUAAAUGUCUCUACUGUACCUUUUUUUUUUUGGUGUAAUAUUUGUUCUGGUUUGUAUUUAUGUAUUGUAUAAUAAGAUGAGGAAUAAAUGAGGUUUGAGUAUACUUUUUA